CACCUACUGGUAGUUUUGUCAAUUUUGUGUUGGAUAUCACCAGUGGGUGUAUGUGCCUUUGCCUUGGGUUUACAUUUCCGUUAUUGCAUCCAAGUUCAAGAACUUAUCGUUAGUUAAUAUCUUUAUUGAAACUUUUAAUUUAUGCGCUUUCGAUCUGCGGCCACCUUACCACGGUGGAUGGGGUUUGCCCGGUUUGGUAGAAGUGAUGCUUACGCCAUCGCCAUCCCCAAGAUCAUGCAAUGGCUCCUUUUGGGGUACCAUAUCGCGCCCUGCUGCUGACAUCGCGAUGGGAUAUUCGCAACACGGUGGCCGUACUGAGCCGCCAUUCUGUGUCAUUUGUUAUCCCUUCACAGCCUAUUCGCGUCAUACAUGCGAGACGACCCGUUCGCUGUUUGGUCCUGAAUGUUCCCUAUGAUCCGCUGCUGCGUCGUUUCGGUCGCCUGUCAUCACUGCAGGCAUCCGUCCACCAUCUACGAUUUUACACUGGUUUUGCUCGCAUUUCCGGUCGUCCGAGUCGAUGGGAAGAAAAGCAAGGCAAUUUAAUGCCCAUCCUCUUUGCACUUUUUGUAUUGGGCCUGGGUAUCAUGGGUUUCUGUAACGGAGAAUAUUUUCAUGCUGAAAAGUUUUCCCCAGUGAAACGUGCAGACGAUCUGCAAAGGAAGGAGCAGUUCGAUGAAGAUGCGUACGUAUACGGUGUUGAAAAUUUACCUCGGUCAUACGUCGCAUCAUACGAAUUGAAAUGGGGUAAGGCGCGUCUACCGGACGGAAGACCAAUUGUUGGCCCGAAGACUGUGGAAGCGGCAGAGCGUCCCGCGCGUGAUGCACAUAUCAAAGGAACUGUUAACAACGACGCUGAUGAUGAUGUGCACGGCAGCUCCGACGGUUUGGAUGCUGAGGAACGCAAGCAGGGCGGCUUCCGCAACCGCAAGAUCACGGAGUACGAAAAUCGCAUCCGAGCCUAUUCCACUCCGGACAAAGUAUUUCGAUUAUUCGCGACACUGAAAAUCAAAGAUCCGGAUGCGGAUGGCUAUGGCAUCUAUAUGACCCCCGAUGACUUUGUGCGUGCUAUUACUCCAGGGGUACGACAGCCGGAAGGUUUGGGUCUUGAUCAGUUCCGAUUAUUUGAUCCUACGAAAGACAAAAUCGAAUCCAAUAUUCCGGAAGACAGCAUUUUCCAUAAGUUGGGCGAGAGAGGAUUGAUAUCGUUUUCUGAUUACCUGUUUUUGAUGACCAUUUUGGCAAUUUCUGCCCGGCAUAUUGAGAUUGCCUUCAAGAUCUUCGACGUGAACGGUGAUGGCACGGUGGAUGCUGAUGAGUUUGAGGAGAUCCUCAACGUUCUACGCUCGCAGACAUCCGUGGGAAUUCGUCAUCGGGAAGCCAAGUUGAUGGGCGGUUCAUACGGCGGCACUAAAUUUGUGGACUCGGGACUGAAAACCUUCUUUUUUGGCAAGAGUGGCACCGGCAAAUUGAAAGUCCAGGAUUUCCUGGCGUUCCAGGCUAAGAUGAAGGAUGAAGUGCUGCGAAUGGAGUUUGAGCGUAUGGAACCAAAAAGUGGCAAGAUAUCCGAACGAACUUUUGCAAAGAUGUUGUUGACCUACGCGGGGAUCUCCGAACAAAAACAGAAGCGCAUGUUAAAACGUGUGAAAGAGCGCUUCCAAGGCGAAGCUUCGGAGGGCAUUGGUUUUGAACAAGUUCAUGGUUUCAGUCAAGUUUUUCGUCAUUUAAAUGAUAUCGAUACCGCAUUGGGAUUGUACCAUGUCGCCGGCGGCUCAAUUGACCACAGCACUUUGAAACGCGUUGUGAAAACCGUUGCUAAAACAGAACUUGAUGAUCACGUGAUUGAUGUUGUAUUCACACUGUUCGACGAUAACGAGGAUGGACGGCUAAGUCAGCGGGAAUUCAUUUCGAUUAUGAAGACUCGUCAGAUGCGCGGAAUGGAAAGGCCGAAGGAUAUGGGCGUUACCCGGUUACUUGGCGCAGUUUGGAAGUGUACAAAGGAAGAAAUUCAGGGAUCUCGACAUUAGUUACAGCGAAUGAUUUAUAUUUCUUCAUUUUCGUGUCACAUUUUUCAGUACGUGCUUCAAAAGUGCACCUCAGAUUUUAUUUGUAAACUGUUCACAGCGACUACACAGAGAUGGUGGAAUUACUGUAAUUUAGAACCCAGUGGUGUUUCGGUUCAUAUUUCCGUUAUCCAUAGAAAAAGACAAGCAGCGACGUUGUUCAGUUUCUAUGAAAAUGAAUUUCUGCUGAAAUUUGAUCGUGUAUUGUAAAUAACCAUGAAGUCAGUAAUAAUAAUAAUAUGUGCGAAAAAAACAAUAAAACCUUGAACUGAAUACAAUCCAUGUCAAAAACACUAUACUAUUCCA